AAGGGUGUGUAUCCCUACAACAGUACAGCCUACAGCCAGCCUAGGAAAGACAAACAUGUAGAUACGAGGGAUUACAGUCUUUUCAGAUUUCACACCAAUAUCUAUCUAAUAUUUUCUCUAAUUUCUUUUUUUCUGUUUGUUUAAAUUUAAUAAAGUUUACAUUUUUAAUAUUUUUUCGACUAAUUUUCUUCAACACGAUAUAAAUAUCUCCUUCCCAUCUGUAGGGGCCACGACCACCUUUGAUCCAAAAAGUCUAACUUUCAUUCAUACUUGUGACAAUGAACGACGAAAUCUACUUACACGCGCCAACCACCGCCACCGCCACCGCCGCUAACGUUUUGCUUCCGAAGCCCGAAACGGUGUCGUCGCACGAAACGGGGCUCGAAGGGAUUGCCGCGGUUGUUGGAGAACACGUCCUUUUCGGAACGUCGUCGACGUUGCAUGUUCCAGAGACGCCGAAGAAAACGGCUGGGGUGUCGGUGAACAAGAGUUACCGAGGAGUGAGGAAGAGACCGUGGGGGAGGUGGUCGGCGGAGAUACGCGACCGGAUCGGGCGGUGCCGCCACUGGCUGGGGACGUUCGACACGGCGGAGGAAGCGGCGCGUGCGUACGACGCGGCGGCGAGAAGACUUAGAGGCGCGAAGGCGAGGACCAACUUCAAGAUACCCUCGGUGCUGCCUCUUUCUCCGUCGUCGGAAGGUGGUGUUGUGAAGCCGAAAGCUGCCCGGAAUAACGCCAGGAAGUGUUCCUCUGUGGAACAAUUGUUCAGCGGUGUACCUCAAGUUCGAAGAAACGAUGGCGGUGGCGAGAAUCUGAACGUAGACGUGAAUUUGAAGCUGGAUGUGAGGAACAGUAGAAUGGUUAUUUAG